UUUGCUUUCCUUUGGACUGUCAGACUCUUCUCUUUCUCUUUCUCUUUCUGCACCAAAUACUUUUCUUCAUCUCUCCGGUUGCUUUUAGAACAAUCCCCUCCCGAGAUCAGUAAAGAAGGUAAGGCGAAGUGGUUGAGGAACUUGAUCACAAUGAUGGAGCGACAAUCUCUAAUCAGAUUAUGGAGCAGUUUCUUAUACAUAUCCACACUGUUUUGGAUGCAAGUUCACUCUCACUCUGAGUAUCUAAUUGGACUUGGAAGCUACGACAUCACCGGCCCUGCCGCCGAUGUCAACAUGAUGGGCUACGCUGACAUGGCGCAAGUCGCGUCUGGUAUCCACUUCAGGCUCCGCGCUCGGACGUUCAUUGUCUCUGAGCCACAAGGGAAGCCUGUUGUGUUUGUUAACAUCGACGCUUGCAUGGCUUCACAAAUUGUUACACUAAAAGUGAUCGAGAGGCUCAAGGCAAGAUAUGGGGACCUGUAUACAGAAAAGAAUGUUGGCAUCAGUGGCAUUCACACUCAUGCUGGUCCAGGAGGCUAUCUUCAGUACGUUGUGUACAUUGUAACAUCACUUGGCUUUGUUCGUCAGUCAUUUGAUGCGCUUGUGGAUGGAAUUGAGAAUAGUAUCAUCCAAGCUCACGAGAACCUCCGUCCUGGAUCAAUUUUUAUCAGUAACGGUGAGCUCUUGGAUGCUGGCGUUAACCGGAGUCCAAGUGCAUAUCUUAACAAUCCUUCAGAGGAAAGGAGUGAAUACAAGUAUGAUACCGAUAAAGAAAUGACUCUCUUGAAGUUUGUGGAUGAUCAGUGGGGUCCAGUAGGUAGUUUCAACUGGUUUGCUACUCAUGGAACUUCCAUGAGUCGUACAAACUCUUUGAUCAGUGGGGACAACAAGGGCGCUGCAGCAAGAUUAAUGGAGGAUUGGUUUGAACAGAGGGAAGAGCUUAUUUCAGAUGAGAUACCUAGAAGAGUUUCAAGCAUAAUCAGAAAUCAUCAGGACAGCCGUAAGACUUUAUCACAACUGCACAUUGUGUGUUUAAUGAUGAAACAAGAGAAAAAGUUGAGUUUGUUUGUAUCUGACGCAGAUGAGGAGUUGCUGGAGCUUGCAUCUUACUUUGAGUCACAACCUGGUAGGGCUGCAACUAGAGUAUCGAGUUCGGCGAGGCGUGUGCGGAGUCCCCUGAGGAAGGCGGACAAGCCUGGCUUUGUUUCUGCUUUCUGUCAGACAAACUGUGGUGACGUUAGCCCAAAUGUGCUUGGAGCGUUUUGCCUAGACACUGGUCUUCCUUGUGACUUUAAUCACAGUACAUGCGGUGGGAGAAAUGAGCUGUGCUAUGGGCGUGGACCAGGGUAUCCUGAUGAAUUUGAGAGUACACGUGUAAUUGGUGAGAGACAAUUCAAAAAGGCUUUGGAUCUUUUUAAUAAAGCGUCUGAAGAGCUACAAGGGAAGGUUGAUUACCGCCAAGUUUACGUUGACUUCUCACAGCUUAAUGUGACACUAACCAAAAAAGAUGGAAGUUCAGAGGUUGUAAGAACAUGUCCUGCAGCAAUGGGUUUUGCUUUUGCUGCUGGAACCACAGAUGGACCAGGAGCAUUUGAUUUUACACAGGGAGAUGAUAAGGGGAACCCUUUCUGGAGGAUGGUGAGAAACGCUCUUAAGACACCUCACAAGAAACAAAUGGAUUGUCACUACCCAAAACCCAUCUUGCUUGACACUGGAGAAAUGACAAAGCCUUAUGCCUGGGCUCCGUCAAUUCUUUCAUUGCAAAUUCUACGUAUUGGAAAACUCUUCAUUCUCAGCGUUCCUGGAGAGUUCACAACUAUGGCUGGAAGGCGUCUCCGUGAUGCUGUCAAGACACAGCUUAAAAGCAGCGGUGAUAAAGAACUGAGCGGUGGUGAGAUUCACGUGGUGAUAGCUGGGUUGGCGAAUGGCUACUCACAGUAUGUGACUACCUUUGAGGAGUACCAAGUGCAAAGAUAUGAGGGCGCGUCUACGUUAUUUGGCCCACAUACCCUCACUGGCUACAUUCAAGAGUUCAAGAAGCUCUCCAAAUCUCUCGUCCUUGGUAGGACUGUUCAGCCAGGGCCUCAGCCACCUAAUCUCCUAGACAAGCAAGUGAGCUUCCUCACGCCAGUCGUGAUGGACUCAACUCCUGGCGGAGACAGUUUUGGCGAUGUAAUCUCGGACGUUCCAAAAAACUUGUCCGUGAAGAGGGGAAGUGACCUGGUGGCUGUUGUAUUCCAGUCAGCUUGUCCUAGAAACGAUCUAUUGACAGAAGGUACGUUUGCUCUGGUGGAGAGACUUGAGAGGGAGGACAAGAGUUGGACCCCAGUUUAUGACGACGAUGACCUAUGUCUGAGGUUCAAGUGGUCGAGGCCUAAGAGGUUUAGCUCCCGGAGUCAAGCCACGAUAGAAUGGAGAAUUCCUGAGUCUGCAUCACCAGGUGUUUACAGGAUCACCCACUUUGGUGCUGCAAAGAGGCUCUUUGGUUCAGUCCAGCAUUUCACAGGCUCGUCUAGUGCCUUUGUCGUAACAUAAACAAGUAGAAACUAAAGUAGAAGUAUAGUUGUUUAUAAAAUAAGCCUACAUGAAUGCCUGUCUGGUGCACGUAUCUGUAUGAUGUUAUGCACUGAUGUUGAGAUGUCAAAUGGAAUUCAAUACAGUUUUUCUUGUAACUAUUCUCAUACAAA